AUGAGAAUGAAUGUCGUGUGUCAGUUGCUCUGUGGAACUAGGCUUGAACGCUGGGAGUACUUCGAGGAGCAAACGAAGCCCACUCUAACUCCCGCUCCCCCGUCAUGCCCGAAACGUCAAGGCGUUAGGGCAGGAAGAAAUGGAAGGGAACUUUUUGGAGAAAGCUUUAAUGCCUCUUUAUUGUUGAGUUUAGUUCUGAGAUAUUCGGAUGCACCACGCGAAACUGCUAGAAAAGGAAGGAGCGAUCUGGAAGCCGCAAAGCGAGUGGAGUGUCCGGCCAUCCAGACUUCCUGUUUGAAGUUGCAUUUUUCUAAAGGGAAUGCGGCUGGUGCCAGCGCAUGUGCGGGAAGCAGACACCAACGCAUCAGUCGUUGGGGCUGUUCCAAUGCAUGCAAGGCACCGAAACAGCCCCUCAAAGAAGGCUCAUUCUCCGUAUUCCUGGGCCAAUUCAGGUCGUUUUCUUCAUCGGCAGAAUGCAGCAGCGGGACUGACAGACACAGCGUGGAGGGCCGUUACGCGCAUGCGCUGAUGGCCGCCGCGCAGGGGUCUAAGGCGCUGGACGCGGUGUAUACAGACGUCGAGGGUUUGCAUGCGGCCCUUCAAACAUCUCCGGAGUUCGGAGCGUUCGCAGAAACCCCUGGGAUCACGGCGGAGGUAAAGAUUGAUGUCGUUCAACAAAUGGCCGAACGAUUCAGGCUGCACAAGAUCACCAAGCAGUUCCUCUGUACUGUUGCCGAAAACAAGCGAAUGGUAGACUUGCCCAAGAUACUUGCCGCCUUCGACGAGCUGUACCGAAAGCACAGAGGAGAAGUCAGGUGCACCGUCACCUCUGCGCAGGAACUAACCACAGGACAGAGAAAGGAGCUUCUCGCUGCCUUGCAAAAGAGGGCGGGCCCAAAGAAGACGCUGUUAACAGAAUUUCAAACAAAUCCUUCUAUUGCGGGAGGCUUGCUUGUUCGAAUGGGAGAUGAGCUGCUGGAUUUUACAGUGGCUUCCCGUGUUGAGGGCCUCAUAACAUCUCUGCAGUCGCCUCUUACGCUCUAG